GAUUUUCUUGUGUUUUUUCAAAUAUGCACAUUGUUUUCGCAAAAGAGUCUGAGGUCUCGUGUCAUGCGUUUCUGGCUGAUUAUAAUGAUAUGCACAAGGCCUUUCUAAAAGGAUUAGAGUAACAGUUUUUUCCAAGUUGGUGCUCUGAAAUGUCUAAAUCACCAAUACCAACAGUGAAAGGACAACUAUUUGAGUUAGGGCCAAGGUUUGACAACGUUCAGUAUGUUGGGGAAGGUGCGUAUGGGAUUGUUGUAUCGGCGUUUGAUUGUCAGCGUAAUGAAAAAGUGGCUCUGAAGAAAGUUUCCCCAUUUGAACACCAGACAUACAGUCAAAGAACGUACAGAGAAAUUUGGAUACUUAGUAGAAUGGACCAUGAAAAUAUUGUAAAAAUCCAUGAUAUUAUAACGUCGAGCACAUUUGAAGAGAUGAAAGAUAUCUAUAUUGUUGAAUGUUUCAUGGAGACUGACCUGUGUCGCUUACUGAAGACACAGAAAUUAAGCAAUGACCAUAUUUGCUACUUUUUAUAUCAAAUGCUUAGAGGCCUCAAGUACAUACAUUCUGCAAAUGUUCUUCAUAGGGAUCUUAAGCCAUGCAACAUAUUGUUGAAUGCAGCGUGUGACUUAAGAAUCUGUGAUUUUGGUUUAGCUCGUAUAGCUGAUCCAGAAUCAGAACAAUCAGGUACAUUAACUGAAUAUGUGGCUACACGUUGGUAUCGUGCACCAGAAAUAAUGCUUACAUCAAAAUUAUAUACUAAAGCUAUUGAUAUUUGGUCAAUUGGUUGUAUUAUGGCUGAAAUGAUUAGUAAUCGUGUUCUAUUCCCUGGAAAACAUUAUAUUGAUCAAUUGAACUUGAUAUUACAAGUUUUAGGUUCACCAUCAAAAGAAGACUUUGAAACAAUUGUAAAUCUUAAAGCACGUGCCUAUUUAGAAUCAUUACCACAUCGUACAAAAGUACCAUGGAAACAAUUAUAUCCAUACGCUAGUGAAUCAGCUCUGGAUUUAUUAGACAAAUUACUAUGCUUUGUACCAUCACGACGUAUAACAGUUGAAGAUGCCUUAGCUCAUCCAUAUUUAGAACAGUACUAUGAUCCAACAGAUGAACCUGUUUUUGAACGUCCAUUUAUUCAACAACCAGAUAAUUUUCCUAAAGAAAAAUUAAAAAUUCUUAUAUGGGAAGAAAUUCAACGAUAUCGUAGUAAUAAAAAUAUCAAUGAUCUAGUUUAUAUGAAUAAUACAAACAAAGAUAAUCCAUCAGUUUCAGAUGGUACAAUAACAUCAGGUAUUAUGCCAAUCAAUCAACAACAACAACAACAACAACAACCUUAAUCUUAAUCAACUAUCAUAAUACAUUGAUUAUAUAAUAGUAAAUGAAUGAAUUCAAUUAGUUCUCAUUCAAUGAAUCUAUUAUACAUUUAUUUAUUUCCCCCUUAUUUAAUUUAUGUGUGUAUGUUUCCAUUCAUUAAUUGUGUGUGUGUGCGUGUAUGUGCUUGCCUCUUUUUUUUUCUUUUUGCUUAGGAACAAGAUUCUUUUCUUUUUUUUCUUUUCAUUUUUAUUUUUUAAUCUCUAAGCCUAUGAUAUGCAUUUUGUCUACAAACUGCCUAUCUUGUAAAUGAUUUAUUAUGUAUUAUUGAAUACUACUUAUUUGAAAGAUUAUUAUACUACUUAUUAUGAUUAAUAAACAUUAUUCAUAUAUAUAUAUGUGUGUGUGUGUGAGGGGGAGAGAGGUUUAACUUUGGAACUAAUCGUCAUUCAUAGAUGAUGAUAUUUCAAUGGUAAGUUUGAUGAUGAUGGUGACGAUGACGACGAGGAUGAUGACGUCAUCAUGUCAAUUGUUACGUAACUGAUUGAAUUCUUAUUUUGUUUUUUUUUCACUUUUUGUUCAAUAUUAUAAGAAUGUCACUAACGUAACAAAUGUCCUCCUUCAUCUGAAUAUUAAUCAAUAAACGUGUAUUGUGUCGUUAUGUAUCAAAAAAAAAGAUUACAAUCUUAGAAUGUACUUCUAUAAGGUUAAUAUAAAUGAUUGACAAAGAUCUUGCCCUCCCCUCCCUCCAAAAAAAGAACAAAAUGUAAAGUAUAGUUUUAUGUAAAGAUAUAACUAGUAAUGAUUAUCCUCUUGUUUAUUAUCAUUAUUAUGAUUAUUUUCGCAUUAUCUGUUUAUACUACUUAUAGCCAAUCGUUUUUUUUUUGUUGAGAAAAAAUAAAGUGCACAGAAUGUUGAUCAAUUUUCUUUGUUUUCCUUGAAUCAUCCUCUUGUUUGUUGUCAUGGUAACCAUUAUCAAAUAAAAAAUGAAAUAUUAUUGUUUCUUUAUUCAUUUUCUUUUUCUUUCAUCAUGUUCAUUCCUAUGGAUAAGAAUCAUUUAUUUCAAUGAUUACCAUUUUAUGAUGAUGAUGUAUAUGUCUAUUACGUAAUAUGUGAAUAUUAUGCUAGAUUUAUAUAAAUCUAAGUCAUUUGUUUUACUCAAUCAAUCAAAUAUCAUCAUUAUGAUUU